UUAUGUCCAUAUAUUAUCUGUGUUCGACUUUCGAUUUCUAGUCCAAUUAUGUAAGUCUGUAUACUUUGUGCCAUGACAUGUAUUUUUAUAUAGUAAACGGUGAUGAUAAAACGCGUUUGUUUUCUGAUUAUAUCAACUGGAUGAUCGCAUCUAAUCUUUUGGAUAUUACAUGUCAAUAUAUCAUCUAAGUCCAGAUUUUCGCGAACUUGCAUUAAUUGAAAUAAUAGACUAAAACGUUGGAAAAUAUAUUUUGAAUUAAACAAUUAGAUAUGAAAAACUCUGAUAGCAGUUGACAAAUCCUGAAAAUAUCUAAAUAUACAGCUAGCUAGAUCUCCUAUAUAAUCGUCAACUAUGCUAAUCUUAAUUCCAUAAACACAUGUUUUUCUCUUUUCUGAAAGAUCCUUACCAACUGUGCCAAUCUUUUCUACAUAUUGUAGUGUUACGCUGAUUGGUAUCUUGUAGUAAAAACUAAAAAAAUUGUUACAUACAGUGUAAUUAUGAACAUAUCAACGUACGUUAUCAACUUAUUUCACCAAGAUAAGCAAAAACUAACCACAGUAUACAGAAUUAUAGCUUUCUUUAUAAGAAGAAGCAUUGUUUGUCAUGCGUUUAGACCUACAUUCAAUUAUUAGAGAAUUUUCAAGAGUAAUAUAAUUAAAAAUAAGUAUCCAACUAAGAAAGAUAACGAACACAUGCAUGAGAUUGAGGUGCAUGUAAGUGAAAUAAGUCGUAAUAAUCACCGACAAAACGCGUUAGUUUUCAAUCGACCCCUUAUAAAACGAGUCCAAAAGGCUUCCUUCUCCAUCAAGCAAUCACUUCUGAACUAACACUUUCUUUCGAUCUCUCUUCGUCUCAAUCUACUAAAAUAUACAUGGAAAUGAAGGGAAAAUAUUUGGUUACGGUUAUUUUAUUGGUUGGUACGUUAAGUGUGGGGAUGUGUUCCAAUGGUUGGAUUAGGGCGCAUGCAACGUAUUAUGGUGUUAAUGAUAGCCCUGCUUCACUUGGUAAAGAGUCCAUUAUAUACCAUAGUUUUAAUACUUUUGUUUGUUACUUUAAAUUUUUUGUAUUUCGAUGUAUAGGAGGAGCUUGUGGGUAUGACAAUCCGUACCACGCUGGAUUCGGAGCCCAUACGGCGGCGCUAAGCGGUGCGCUAUUCAGAAACGGCGAGUCAUGCGGUGGUUGCUACCAAGUGAGGUGCGACUAUUGGGCUGAUCCUAAGUGGUGUCUCCGAGGAGCCGCUGUGACGGUGACGGCGACAAACUUCUGUCCAUCGAACAAUAAUGGAGGUUGGUGCAAUCUCCCUCGCCACCACUUUGACAUGUCCAUGCCCGCUUUCUUCCGCAUAGCUCGCCGCGGCAACGAAGGCAUCGUCCCCGUUUUCUACCGCCGAGUUGGGUGCAAAAGAAGAGGAGGUGUGAGGUUCACGAUGAGGGGUCAAGGGAAUUUCAACAUGGUAAUACUCUCAAACGUUGGCGGCAGUGGCGCGGUGAAAGCGGUUGCGGUGAGAGGAUCAAGGGGAAAGACUUGGCGUCAGAUGACUCGUAACUGGGGUGCCAACUGGCAGAGCUCCGGUGAUCUCCGUGGACAGAGACUCUCCUUCAGAGUUACUCUUCUUGACCGCAAAACGAUGACGUUUCUUAACGUUGUUCCUUCUUCUUGGUGGUUCGGCCAAACCUUCUCUGGUCGAGGCCAGUUCCUCUGAAUGGAACUCCUCGUGAAGACAGUGUCCUAUUGGUUGCUCUUUCAUCUUUGUAACGAAUGUGGAGCUAAUUUUCAACUAUUUGCUUAUUUAUGAGCUUAGCCCUUUGUUUUUAUCUGGGCAAUGUUCCUUUGAUCUUGAUUUUUAUUACUACUAAAUAAUUACACGUUUUUUUGUAUUGGUUUGUCAUUUAUGUAUGAGCAUUCCUCAAAAGGUUACAAGAGUUUUGCUGAGUCUAUAGUAAUGGACAUUUUUAAUUGGUUUCCAAUUUUACUACAAAAAUUCAUUCAUAAAUUUAAAUAUAAUUAGAAACCUUCACCAAAACAAACGAGAAGAGCAAGUAAAAUGUAAGAUGAUACAGAAAUAACUCAAGACAAC